UGCGUGGUUCACACUUCACACCACCAAAAUCUUUUCUAUAACCGUAGCUGCUUUCUCACAGUUUCAUCUCAGAGUUUUAACUCUCACAAGACGACGACGCCAUUAUCGAUCUGAUUGAUUAGUCUUUGUCUCUUUCCAUCUACAACAAGACACGCACAUACUCACCUAUUCCCUGUCUCUAUCUCUUAUCAAAAAAUAAUCAUAAUAAUAUAUGAGUCGGUGGACCUCAAUAUCUGCUUUUACACUGCCCGAUUUCGCACAACUAACUUUCCCUAUUUCUCAUUCACACUUCUGCCAUUGAUUUUACAGUGGUUUGUGUAAGGAUUUAAGUGGGUGAUUCCUGUUGGUUAAUGAUCUGAGGAGGAGGUUUUUUGAAUAGCAAUGGUUAGUAAAACCAGAACUAUGCUGGAGGGUCUGGUUAAAGAGGGGUCGUUUAAAUGGUUGACUAAAACCCCGAGUUCAUGUGAUGAAGAUUCAGAUGAGAUGGGGUCUUCAUCCACUGGCAAGAGUUGGUUGCCAGAGCUAUCCCCUGCUGCAAAUGUAGUUAUCCGAAAAUGCUCAAAAAUCUUUGGUAUUUCCAUGAGUCAACUUCAAGAAAACUUUGAGGCCGAGGCUUCUGAAUCCAUAAAGCAUAAAUCUCAGUAUGCAAGGAACUUCUUGGAAUACUGUUGCUUCAGGGCUCUUGCCUUGUCUAUACAAGUAAAUGGUUACCUAGGCGACAAACAGUUUCGACGCCUUACAUUUGACAUGAUGGUUGCAUGGGAGUUUCCAGCAGCUUCAAGUCAGCCUUUUGCCAGUAUGGAUGAAGAUGUCACUGCUGGUCUUGAGGCCUUUUCCCGUAUUGCUUCAGCAGUUCCUAUAAUUUCCAAUGCGAUAGUUACUGAUAGUAUUUUCGGAGUGCUUACAUCAUCAACAGGCGGUCGACUUCUAUUCUCAGUCUAUGACAAGUACUUGACCUAUUUGGAAAGGGCAAUUAAAAAAUUUAAGAACCAGUCUGAGUCAUCCCAUCUGUCUGCCUUACGUACAACAAGAGGGGAGAAAAUUCUGGAGCUAGAUGGGACAGUGACAACCCAGCCAGUGCUUGAACAUGUGGGAAUUUCAGCAUGGCCUGGUCGGCUAACUUUGACGGAUCAUGCUCUCUACUUUGAGGCACAUCGUGUUGUAUCUUAUGACAAGCCAAAGUUAUAUGAUCUGUCAGAUGACUUAAACCAGAUUGUUAGACCUGAACUAACUGGACCAUGGGGCACAAGACUCUUUGAUAAAGCAGUCUCGUACAAAUCAGUUUCCUUGUCAGAACCUGUUAUAAUGGAAUUUCCUGAGCUUAAAGGACAUACACGCCGUGACUAUUGGUUAGCCAUUAUUCGGGAAGUUCUACAUGUGCAUCAGUUCAUACUUAAAUUCCAGAUUACUGGAAUUGAGCGUGAUGAGGCGCUUCUAAAAGCUAUAUUUGGCAUAUUGCGAGUACAAGCCCUGAAAGAUAUGAGCUCCAAAAAUUCACUUUGCUAUGAGGAUCUUCUUAUGUUCAAUGUAUGUGAUCAACUUCCUGGAGGAGACCUUAUACUAGAAACAAUUGCAGAUAGGUCAACUGUGAGGGCACUGGAGAGGACAAACUCUCCCAAACCUAAAAACAGAAUGUACUCAAUUUCAGCUUCAGCCCUGGCUUCCAACUUGGGUUUAGUUUUUGGGACAAGUUCGCAUGUUCCUAAUGAGCCAGGAAUUGUUGUGGGUGAAAUUUCUGUGGGGGAGAUGACUCCCUUGGAAAAAGCAGUUAAGGAAUCCAGAAGCAACUAUAGAAAGGUGGUGCAAGCACAAGCUACGGUUGAUGGGGUGAAAGUUGAUGGUCUUGACACCAAUUUGGCAGUGAUGAAGGAGUUGCUCUCUCCUAUGAUGCAACUUGGGAAUUGGAUUCUUCUUCUGGCUUACUGGGAAGACCCUUUGAAGUCCAUGAUUUUCUGUUCUGUUUUCUCAUUUAUUAUUGUCAGGGGAUGGCUGUGCUAUGCCUUUGCACUGUUGCUAACUUUUUUUGCCGUCUUUUUGGUAAUAAAUCGCUGCUUAAGUCAAGGCAAGACAGUUGAUGAACUAAAAGUAAUGGUUCCACCUUCAAUGAAUGCCAUGGAGCAACUUUUGGCUGUUCAAAAUGCAAUAUCUCAAGCUGAAGAACUAAUCCAGGAUGGAAACAUUGUUCUUCUCAAAUUUCGCGCUUUACUUUUGUCUAUCUUCCCACAGGCAACCGAGAAGUUAGUGGGUGUUUUUUUGGUUUCGGCACUAGUUCUGGCAUUCUUACCUUUGAAAUACAUAAUCCUUCUGACUUUUCUGGAACUCUUCACAAGAUAUUCACCUAUCCGGAAAGCAAGCACAGAAAAAUGGUCUAGAAGACUAAGGGAAUGGUGGUUCAGUAUCCCUGCGGCUCCUGUAGUUCUUGAAAAAGCCAAAGAAGACAAAAAGAAGAGAUGAUGAAAAUCUUUUGACAUACGAUCCAUCCGCGGAGCAAUAUCCUAGUAUGUCCUGUGGUUGUACAUUUGUAUUAUAUGAGAGAAGAUAAAGAUGUAACUUUCACUGGCCUUGGUGAGGUCUCCAUUAACGUUUGCUUUUAGUGUUGUAUCACUGUCUCUGGGUAUUGAAAACUUAUUAUGUGUUGUAUCCUACUAAUCAUGGGUUAUAAGAUCGGAUUUCUUAUCAACAUUUUGAUUUUAAAUCAUCUAGAGAAACAAUUGGCUUGGUUAA